AUCGGCCGUUCAGGACAACACACGUGAUCCGGUCAGUUGACAAGGCAAAACACGGCAGUAGACUAGAAAGACAAGCGACAUGGACCAUCAUCGGGUGGAUAGGGUGGGCCUCCUGUCUCCCCUGGAGGAGUCCAGCGCUGAGAUAAGCAGAGACAGCGGCAUUGUCUCCCAGAGUGCGAGCAGUUUGUCCAUGGUGAGCGAAAUCCUCAGCAGCGGUACCGUGUCGCAGAGCCCCAGUUUUGGCGCAGCAGCUAACGUUAUCACUCGAAGCCCGAGCGUCAACGAAGCAGCAGAGCCUGGGACGGCAGACCAGCGCUACCCGGAGCAGGACGACGAAGUCCUGAGACACACCGCCCACAGCUACUCCACCUACAUAAGGGCGACAGCUGGAGAUGAGAUCCUGUGCUUGGAGAAGAGUUUGGAAGAAAUGCUGACAAGAGUAGAUGAAUUUGUUGGAAUGCUGGAUAUGAUCCGUAAUGAUACCUCCCAGAUAGUUAAUGAAAACCUACCUCAAAUUCAGCAGAAGUCUGAUGAAAUGAGACAAAUAUAUAGAAGAAUUGAUAAGUUAGAGGCCUUUGUAAAAACAGUGGGAGCCAAUGUCAACGCCAUGGAAGAGCAGGUCACACAGGCAGAGGGAGAACUAGGGACAUUACCUGGUGCUUUCAAGAAGAUCCUCCGCACAAUGAGUGUCCCAGGCUUCUUAAAUAAACCGGCCAGCCCAAGAAGACCAGCACCACAUCAGCAUCAAGAGAUCCCUAGUGUGUUCCGGACAGAUGAUUAUUUCACAUCACAGCCAGAGCAGUGACAUGCUGGAACAUUUAACACAUAACUUGGUUCUAACCUCAGAGGCCUGUUGGGUGACACUGUAGAGACAACUUGUACUGCCAUCCAUUGCAGGAGGAUCUGUUGGUGCAGUGGCCUCAACAAAGCAAUAGUAGCCUUUCUGAACAAGUCACUGGAAGUCAAGUGCAAGACAUUCUGCGUUUUUGAGUGUGACUCUCCUGGCAGCAACAAGCACUGAACUGUAGCAAAAUGAUUUUAAAAGUGCCUAAAUGGGUCUUAUUUCUGUCCGUCUUGUUUUCACUAGUUAGAAAGCAAUGUCAGAUGUUGGGUUUGUGACAAGUCAGGAGGACAAAGUCAUCACACUUGCCAAUAGGACACUGUAAAGAAGGUACAGUAGGAGGACCUGUAAAGAUCUUCAGAUGUAUUACAUGAAAAAUUAACCCUGCUUUUUUAUAAAUAACGUUCUUGUUACUGUUGUUUGUAAAGACCUGCACGCUGUUAUGCAUUUAUCUGUAUUUCUAAUAUUUCAUCACUCUCCCCAAGCAAUACUGAUUUCCUCCAGUUAAGCAUAUAAUGUCUUCCAUUUCAAAAUAUUCACAUUAUUGCUAGCCUGACGUUAUUGGCUAUGGAUUGCAGUUCCCUCGUUAAUGUGGGGUUACAUCUAAGAUGGCAUAUUUUCAAUAAAAGCACAGUAUCGAUGAGUUGUGAUAGUUUCACAAGUCAGACUAUCUGGUGAAUCAAAGUUUGAGCCAGGGAUAGAGCCGUGAUUGAAUUUUGUAACAAUAACUGGAGGAACCUUAUAUCUCGUCCUUGGGAGAUAACUGUACCUAGAGAUGUGAUGUGGCCCUUAUAUUACCCAUCCAACAAGGUCUAAUCAACAAUGGUCACAGCUAUGUUUCAUUAUUUGAUCAAUUAUUUGCCAACGUUGUUAGAAAUAAAGACGUUUCAUUUACAUUACAA